CUCCCCCGCGCGGUGUCUGCCGGGCGUUGGGGAAAAUGGCGGCCCCCGUUGCCAACUCAGGUCCCGGCCCCGGCCCCGACCCCGGCAUCGGCUCCGGCUCCGGCUCCGGCGUGGGGCGGCUGCAGGAGGCGGCGCUGCGGCGGAGGGAGCGGCUCAAGGCCCUGCGGAGCCGGACAGCGGCGCAUAAGAAUAAGGACAAUGGUGAACCUGAGAAUAAGCACUUGAGAGAAGAUGACGAAGAGGAUGCCACCAAACACAAGGAGCUCAAGCUGCGAAAUUACGUUCCUGAGGAUGAAGAUCUCAAGAAAAGGAAGGUGCCUCAGGCCAAGCCAGCCUCAGUGGAAGAUAAGGUGAAAGACCAACUGGAAGCAGCGAAGCCAGAGCCUAUUAUUGAAGAAGUGGAUUUGGCAAACCUCGCCCCCAGAAAGCCAGACUGGGAUUUAAAGCGAGACGUAGCCAAGAAACUGGAAAAACUGGAGAAGAGAACGCAAAGGGCAAUUGCUGAAUUGAUAAGAGAGCGAUUGAGAGGCCAAGAGGAAGAACUGGCAUCAGCUGUUGGAUCAGCAAAGCAGGAAGGAAGUGAUUCUGAUUAAGGAGACAGCUGAGCACAUGGCAUAACUGUGUAAUAUACAAGAGGGGCUGGUGAGCUGUCGUCACUUAAACGGAUGAGGGAUGAAGCCUCUCCUUGCAUGGGAGACUUUGCUGAGGGCAAGAAAAGACCAAUGACUGUACAGAAGAAUCCCGAAAUGGCCUUGCAGCUGGAAAGCUUUCUGCGUGAUCACUAAAAGCGGCCUUGCCUGCAGUCUAGAAGAGAUUCAUGUACGAUUCAUAUUGUUCCCUUUUGCUUUUUACACACACACACACACACACACACACACCCACACACACAUACACCCACACACCCAGGAGGUUGUGGAGCAUGUGCCGUAUUGGUGGGCUUUGUUACAGAUAAAACUGGGCUGCCACAUAAAAAAAAAAAUAUUUUUUUAUAAUAAAAUGAUCCGGCAACGGUGCAUAAUGUCCCGUUCCUGCGCUGGGCGCAUCAGUUCAGUGGGGAGGGCACGAGAGCAUGUGCUGCAGAGGUAGUUAAUUUCACAUUGGGUUUAGUCUGUGGGCCGGCUGCAUCUGCUUUGUGGGGGAGGAAGUGGUGCCCGGGCAGCAUCAGCUCAGGAGCGCACAGGUGAGGAGCCGCAGCCGUGAACAUGCCCCAUUCAGUGUCAGAUUAUUACUAUGACUUUCUAAAACCUGUGUCGAUAUUCACAGCUCUGCAGGAACUUGGGCCUUUGGCUCUUUUUGAAUAAUGAAUCCUUUUCAGUGGCCCUAACUUCACGGAGAGCAUCAGGGUGCAUUCCUAGGUCCCCUUUGUGAGAGCGGGGUCCCGUUUGCCCUGGACCAGGCUAGCCAACUCCUGAUUGAAUCACUGUUGUGGUAGCAGCAUUCCCAUAAGUGUGGGAUUUAUUUAAAAGCUCACUUUGUGUGGUAUAAAUGCAAAUCACUCUGAAGACAUUGUAAAGGAUAGACCUGUCGUAGAGAGCAGCUAGUGAUGAAGGUUGUAAACACUUUGAGGAAGACGGAUGUGAAAAACAGGUGGAAAAAAGGACCAAGAAUCAUGCCAACUCCUCAGUGGGAGCCUGCACUUUCCUAUGUGACGUCAGUUCAUGACCUGAUCUAUUCACUGAUCAGACUAUACAGCCACAAGAGAACAGACCAGAUGCUGUGACGUCACCAUGGGAUAUGAUGGACAGCCUAUAUACAUUUAAAAGCUUUGGAGUUCCUGAGAUGCAACAUCUGAUGUGUAAGAAUUUGACAGGGAUCUUUCGAGCAGAGUUUACACAGGAUACAAAUAAAUGUCCCAGCUAGCAGGUACAUACUGCUAGUUAGCUUGUUGAAAGCUGGGGAAAGGUGUUGGGUUAAACAUCUCUAGAUCAGUCUUCUGUCCACAAUUCAGGAGCAGAACAGGCCGCAGGGAUUCACGUUUCUUCCGGGCUGUCCUAUGGACGUGCCUUGGCGCUGACAUGCAGCGGGGAGGAGGGGUUGCUCUCACAGCAAAGCAGUGUAAGACACCCCUGCUAGGAAAACUGAGGGAACACAGCUCUCCAGAUUGUACCCUGGGGAAUGUCACAGGGAGCCACCCUCAACUGGGCUGCCCUUGCUAAACAGGGGGUAGGAUUAUCAAAUCCCACUGGAAAUAAGAGGGGGUGGGAACAGGUGUUUUUAUCUGGUGGCAGGGCACCAUGCACUUUUUACCUGUCUUAAGGAUGAGCGAGGUGGUAGAAAGGAGUGAGUGGGGAGUGGGUCCUCGGAGGGGUGGAAGAGACGAAGCCGGGGAUGCCUUGGGGGAAGAGGAAGAGCGGGGGCAGGGCCUGGUGGAGGAGGGGCGGAGCUGCCAGUGGUCCACUGAGAGUUGUGGCUUUUGUUCAGCAAUUCCUAGAGCUGAAAUCACAGAUGACCAGGCCCAGGGGCUGGGGACAACCGUCCCACACUACCCAGUGAAAUCAUUCAGAGCUGGGCCGGGGGACCUCCAAACACGGCAGUGGGAGUGAGUGGCAAGCAGCGACAGCGGCAGAUAGACCAAUGACAGCAGCCGUGGAGGCAUUGUUCUUUGCUGUCCUCCCACCCCCCCCACCCCCCCCGGGGGUGGUGGGUGGACCCAUGUGAACGUACCUCUGAACUCUGGAUCUUCACUAACCAGGGACAGCCAGCCGUGAGCGGGGCGCAGCGGAGGGAGCAGGGAGUGGCAUGUUAAAGGGAUUUUGGUUCAUCAGACUUUCAUGACACAAAAUGGGAAACUGAGGCAAAGGACACUGCCCAACACGCUGCGGGGUGGGCGUUUGCGGGGUGGGCAUGUGCUUUCAACUCAUGCUUGUGGAGUUUUCCCAAAUUCAUGCUGGGUCCCCUUUUCCCUUCUCAUCAACAUUUUAUUUUGUGGCACUGACUCAGUGCUUGUGCGAGGGGAAGGAAGUAGGGCUUCUGAGAGGUCGUGGUGAAUUUUCCCACAUUACUGCGUGGGAGCUCCAGCCAGUUCUGGGUCGUAUGGUUAAGAGGAACCCCUAGAUAUCAAACCCACCCCUGGUCGCUGCCAGCUCCAUUUGGUGGAAGAGUUACAUCAGGGUCAUACAAAACUCAGCAAGAGCUGGUCCAGAUAUUUCAGUCGAAGCAUUUCCCAGCUGAAAUAGGGGGUUAGGCCCAAAAUUGGUGAGAAAAGAUCCCUUGAUUUAAUGGUAGGAUUUUCUGACAGGAAAUUUUGACUUUGUUUAGUUUCUAAUUGUCAAAAACUAAAAAUUAAAUCAGAACGUUUUCAUUUUAGGGGUUUUGUCACCCCACUUUCUCCCCUUUUUACUUUUCCACUGACAAAGGGGGAGAAAAAAAAGAAACAAACAAUUUUGGGGUUUUUCUUAAAAUAUACUAGAGCUAGAAUUUCCUGUUCAUUCCUCCUUCCCUGCCCUGAGGUGCGUGCGCGCACCCCCCCCCCCCCAAGUGCCACAUGUGUCUGGGUGGUGGUGGUAAUUGCUCAACGGUCCUGUUGGCUGUCUCUCUGAGUGACAGAUUGCGCUGUCAGAGAUUUAUCCACACGAAUAAAUCACUAAAUCUCCAAAAUAUCGACACUGGCUGCAGUUGCCAUGGGAUGGAAACUGGGACUUUAGUUUCCCAUGCUGGGAUCCCCAGGAGCUUCUUGGGUGCGUGACACAUCUUUUCUUCAAACACUGAUUCCCUAGUUGCCUCUAUUUUUGUAGCCAAAAGCCCCAGAAAGGGGCUCUCUAAGGUGGAGGGGAGACCCCCCAAGUUCUCUUACCCUCAGGCCUGACAGAGGCUGAGAACAAAAGAAGAUGCUGACAAGAAACUGAGACCGACUUGCCCACCCCCAAACAUUCCAAAAUCACGAGUCAGGCUCUAGAAAAUCUUGUCACCUCAUCACAGGCCUCCAGGAGCUGGCGCUUUAAGAAAAACGCCAAAUAUCGCAGUAGUCACGAUAAAAGCGUGAGAGCUGGCGACGCUGCUGAGAACUGGUGCUUUCAUCUCGGGAAUGGAACUGAGCCGUGUUUUCCUGCCAAAAAUGGGAGGGUCUUUCCACAGAUCAUGGAGGCCUUUCAAGGCUCAGGCAAGGGUUUGGGCCGAGCCGAGCACUUGGGGAGCUGCAGUGACUGGGAGCAUGGACAAGCCAGUGGGGAUGGAGGGAUCGGAGGUUAAGGGUUGGCUGAGCAGGGGGGAAGCCUGAGGCUUGUUUGGGAUAGGGGUUGCAGCCUGGGGGUGCUGCUUUUGAGGUGCUGUUGUGGGUCAGAUGGUUUGGACUAUCUCAGGACGGUUUGGACUAUCAGGGCAGAAUAACUGAAUAAGAAGACAGAGAGCCCCAGAGUUACUGUGUGCAGCCCUGAGAGACUUUUGGGGAAAUAGCAGAUGACUACCUCUCUGCUCCCCUUUGGGAUUACAGAUGGUGACUCACCUGUACAUAGAUUUUUACCUGCUUUGACCUCUCAAGAACUCUCUUCUUUUUUAUAAGCUAAUAAACCUUUAGUUAGAUUA